CAACAAAUAUGACUUUCUAUAGCAUAAUUUUAUAGCGUUUUUUUACUUAUGCUAUAAUAGACAAGCAGAUAUAGCGUUCAGAAAGCAAAUGCUCGCUCCGAAAUUUCAAUAGCGUUUCAUUAAUGACUUUAACAGCGUUCCUCCAAAAUUUUAUAGGUGCGGAUCCUCAGCGCCCAAAAUCGCAAAGCCCUUUCUGAAAGUUCAAUCAUGGCGCCCAAAAUCGCACAGCCCUAUCUGAAAAUUCCAAUGGAUAACUCGAUCAGUGGCGGCAUAGCUCCCAAUCGUUUCGUGCGAAAUGGUGGUAGAUUUCUCAAGUUGGGCGAAUUAGUGUUGCCUGCUAAUGGAUCGAUCUCUAGGGUUCCAAUCGUGAGUAGUUGGAGAAGAAUCAAAGCUAUAUUCAGAACUAUUGCACUGGUUGAGGCAAAGAAUCAAAGCUAUAUUGACUCGAUUUCAUCGUUUUUGUCUCGCUUCCAGAUCUAUCGACCAUUCCGUCAAGCUCUACAAAUUUCCAGAGUCAGAAUCAGCGGGCAACUAAUGAAGGAACACCACCUACACUCUUGUUCCUCCCCCAACUCGGAAGCUCCCUAACUAUCGUGGAAGAGGAGCAUUCUACAGAGUUGGGCUACUGGAGGAAAAAGAGGAUCAAUUGGAAGCUAUAUUUAUUUUCCCCUUUUUGGUUAUGUCGAUGUCGAGAAAGAGGGAAUCAAGAAGAUUGCAUCAAUUCCACGUGCUUGGCUUUGGGAGGAAAGGGAGAUUAAAUUGCUCGAAGAUUGCAUCAAUUUCAACAAGCUUGCAGCAUAGGAAAUUUUAAAGUAAUAUGUUGGUUAGCUUGUUUAUGGCUGGCUACCUUUGAUAACAUUGGACAUCGGGGUACUAUAUGAAUUCAUUGAAAUUCUUGCAACCUUUUCAUGUAAUUUGUGUUUUCGAGUUGUUUCAAAAGCUGGUGUAAUGAAUACUUGCCCGAUUGAAUUAAUUUUGUUAAUUACAUUGGUAA